GCCCCUCCUGUGCGUGGACGCGCCAGACGACUCAACUCGCUCUUAGCGGUGGAUAUGGGGCUCCUGCCGUAGCCCGCAAGGUCCAGGUCAAGGGAAGUGAUGAGGAAGCGACAGCCUACCUGCAUUAGGCAGUUCUCUGUAUAGAUGGACGUCGCUGACUGCAAAGCCAGAUCGCGAGAAGAGAGCUUUACGGGCUGAUGCCAUCUCCAGUGCAGAGCACAGAGGAGAGGGAAGUGCUGGGAGACUCGGAACACUCGGAGGUCAGAGUCAUGGAGGCAGAGACCACGGCCACCACCACCACCACCCUGUUGGCCUCGGUCAAAGAGCAGGAGCUGCAGUUUGAGAGGCUGACCCGGGAGUUGGAGGCGGAGCGUCAAAUUGUGGCCAAUCAGCUUGAGCGAUGCAGGCUUGGAGCAGAAUCACCUGGAGCUGCUAGCAUCAGCUCGUCGGAGAAGUCGUUUCCCUGGAGAUCAGCAGAUGCGUCGGCUGUGGGAGAGGCACGGCCUCAGGGAGCGGAGGCCUCCCAUUCGCCCUCGUUGGGGGUCAGAGGUGAACCGGACCGCCUCUCGCUCUACUCCCCCGAGCUGGAGCAGAUCUCUCUGCAUGAAAGUGAGGGGUCUGUGGCGAACUCGCGCAGUUCAACGCAGAUGAACUCUUACUCGGACAGUGGGUACCAGGAAGUCAGCGGUUACUAUAGCAACAGUGCCACCCCAGGCAGGUCGGAAGGAAGGUCACAGUCCACAAGCUCCGCCCCCAGUGGCAGCUCUACACUCGGCAAGCAGGGGGCGGGCACAGCAGGUGUAAUGCGCCGUGUGAGCUCGGUGCCAUCCCGUGCUCAGUCUCCUCUGCAGGGUGCCGCCUCGUCCUCGCCCACACGCCCGCCCCUGCGCUCCUCGCUGGGCAGCCCCUUCUCCUCACCCAUCGUCUGCGAGCCCAAGCCCCUCGCCAGCAUCUUCCCGGGCACCACGCUGCCCCCGACCUCCGCCCACGCCCCGGACCCGCUCCUCUCCUCGGCCCGCCGGGCAUCUGAUUCCGGCUCCGACUCCGGCGGCUCGUCGCCGACCCCGCGCCGCUCCGACAUGGCCGCCCAGCCGCAGCACUACGGCAGCACCCGUGGGCGCCGCGAACCUGGCCUCGGUUACGACUCCACACUGGGCUACGUCUACGAUGCUUACGAGAGGAUGACGCUCCCGCGGCCGGACAGCCUCACAGGCCUGCGGAGCUCCUAUGCCGGCCAGCACAGCCACCUGGGUCAGCAGGCCAGGCCCACCAUGUCCCCAGAGCGUCACAUCACGCCCAUCUACGAGGACCGCACCUUCCAGAGGCAGCUCUACUAUAGCCCGACGCACGGCUCCCACAGCGCCCUCUACAGGUCGAGCACAGGGCUUGGAACCCUCCAGCGAACUACUAGCCAGUGCAGCGCCCUGACCUAUCAGAGGGCCGGCUACACCCUCAACUCCGCAACGCUGCAGUCGGACCCCUACCGCUCUGCCCAGUAUCGUCCAGCCGAAGCCAUUUACGCCCGACACGCCAUCACUGUGGACAAUGGUGCCACACGCUCUCCGUCUAUAGACAGCAUCCAGAAAGACCCCAGGGAGUUUGCAUGGAGGGACCCUGAGAUCACUGAGGUUAUCCGUAUGCUGCAGCACAGUUUUCCCUCGGUGCAAGCCAAUGCUGCUGCCUACCUACAACAUCUGUGCUACGGAGACAACAGGAUCAAGGCAGAGGUGUGUCGGCUGGGAGGUGUGCGGCAGCUGGUGGACCUGCUGGACCACCGGGUGGUGGAGGUCCAAAGGAGCGCCUGCGGAGCACUCCGGAACCUCGUCUUUGGAAAGGCCACUGAUGACAACAAAGUAUCCGUCCGGAACGCUGGAGGAAUCCCAGCACUGCUGAGGCUCUUGAGGAAGACCACCGACGGGGAAGUGAGAGAGCUGGUCACAGGGGUCUUGUGGAACCUGUCAUCAUGUGACGCGGUGAAGAUGACAGUCGUUAGGGACGCUCUGAGCGUGCUCACCAACAGCGUGAUCAUCCCACACUCGGGCUGGGGUGGCGCCCCCCAGAGGGAGGACCACAAACUGAAGCUGCACACGUCCCUGGUGCUGAGGAACACCACCGGCUGCCUCAGGAACCUAAGUUCUGCAGGGGAGGAGGCGCGCAGGCAGAUGCGGUCCUGCGAGGGUCUGAUUGACUCCCUGCUCUACGUAAUCAAGACUUGCGUCAAUACCUCAGACUAUGACAGCAAGGUGGUGGAGAACUGUGUGUGCACCCUGAGGAACCUGUCCUACCGGCUGGAGCUGGAGAUGCCGCCGUCUCGGCUGAUGGGCAUGCAGGAGCUGGACUCUCUGCUGGGCUGCGACUCCCCCAGCAAGCAGGCCGACUACAGCUGCUGGGGCCUCCGCAGGAAGAAGAAGAAGAAGAGUUGGCAGGACGAGCAGUGGGAUGGCGUGGGCCCUGUCCCCGGCUUCUCUGGGAGUCUGAAAGGGGCGGAGAUGCUGUGGCACCCCUCGGUGGUCAAGCCCUACCUGACGCUGCUGGCAGAGAGCUCAAACCCCGCCACCCUGGAGGGGGCCGCCGGCUCUCUGCAGAACCUGUCAGCCGGGACCUGGAAGUUUGCGGCCUACAUCCGUGCUGCGGUGCGUAAGGAGAAGGGCCUGCCCAUCCUGGUGGAGCUGCUGCGGAUGGAAAAUGACCGUGUGGUCUGCUCCGUGGCCACCGCCCUGCGCAACAUGGCCCUUGACAACCGCAACAAGGAACUGAUUGGGAAGUAUGCCAUGCGGGACUUAGUAACCCGUCUCCCAGGCAACGGGCCAUCGCUGCUGUCAGACGAGACGGUGGCAGCAGUCUGCUGCGCCCUGCACGAGGUCACGAGCCGCAACAUGGAGAACGCCCGGGCGCUGGCACACACAGGCGGCAUCGACAAACUGGUCACCAUCAGCCGAGGACGCGGAGAGAGAUACUCCAUGAAGGUGGUGAAGGCUGCAGCCCAAGUGUUGAACACUCUCUGGCAGUACAGGGACCUGCGCUCCAUCUAUAAAAAGGACGGCUGGAAUCAGACCCAUUUCAUCACACCUGUGUCCACUCUGGAGCGAGACCGGUACCGCUCACAGCCCACCCUGCCCACCAGCACCCUGCAGAUGUCCCCCGUCAUGCAGACAGGCGGGAGUGCCACAUCAUCUCCUGCCAUGCUGGGUAUAAGAGGUCAUCGCCUUAGCCAACAGAGAGCACAGUCAUCUAUGCAACUGCACAACUACUACGGAGACAACACCUUACAGAAGAACCAGUACAGAGGUGAGAACGGGUCCACCAAGCCAUCCCCCUACUUCAUAAGGUCUCUCUCUUCGCCUACAAGAGAAGAUACCAGAAGAUCGCAGAUCUUCUACGGCGAUGAUCCCGGCCCUGGUCCUUACGAUUCUUACAGGGUCUACCUGUCCUCUCCGCAGGGCUUUGAGCAUGACCCAUAUCUGGACGAGCCGCUCCCCUUCAGCGUCUAUGCCACACAGCCCGCCUCCCACCACAAGCCCGUCACCAACUACGUGGACUUUUACUCCUCUGCCCGACGGCCAUCCUACAGGGCCCAGCAGUACCCCUCCUCACCAGACUCAUGGGUGUAGGGGGGAGGUGUGUGUGUGUGUGUGUGUGUGUGUGUGUGUGUGUGUGUGUGUGUGUGUGUAUGUGUGUGUGUGUGUGUAAGCGUGAAAGAAAGAGUGGGAGCAACGAAGGGGAUUGGACUACAUAUAGGGGAUCGGACCGUAGAUGAGGUUGUGUGUCUUUCUCAGAGAGACACAUCAGCAUGUUAGGAGGUGUUAGGGGCAGUGUGUGUGUGUGUGUGUGUGUGUGUGUGUGUGUGUGUGUGUGUGUGUGUGUGUGUGUGUGUGUGUGUGUGUGUGUGUGUGUGUGUGUCCAUGCAUGUGUUGGGGGUCAGGGGUGCUUAUGAGAAAUAGUGAGAGUUAGUAAUGGUCGCAUGUCAUGGUAAAUAUUUAUGUGACUGCUUUCUGGGAAUGAAAUGUGUGAAUGUGUGUGUGUGUGUGGGUGAACUCGGGUGUUCUGUAUGUAUGAGUCCUUAAUCAAAGUAGUAGGAAGUCCUUGUUUUCUGAUACAGAGCCUGAAUGUGAGCCAAAGAGAGAGAUAUAAAAUAUUAUCUUUUUUAAUUUAUCAUUGUUUUCUAUGAAAUAUCGAGAGUGUGUUUUAGGACAGUGCUAUCAACUCUUUUUUAUUUAUGUGUGUCUUUUGUCGCAUGUUCAGGACAUGACACAAGUCAGAGACAAGGGUAUGCCAGUGUAUGUAUGUAUGUAUGUAUGUAUGUAUGUGUGUGUGAGAGUGUAUUAGAUAGGGAAUGUCUGUUAACCAAAAACAUAUGGAGAACUCUAAUCUGUGAAAAGAGUAAGACAUAUAAUGAUAUUAUGUGCAAACGAAGUGGCGUGUUCUCAUGUUGUGUCACUAUGCUGUUACUAUACUGUAAAAGAUGUGUGUGUGUGUGUGUGUGUGUGUGUGCGCGCGCGUGCGUGCGUGUGUGAGUGUGUGUGUGUGUGUGUGUUAGAGAGAGACAGAGGUAUAGAGUGAGUGAGUGUGAGUGUGUGUGUGUACAUUGUUAUGCGUGUGUGUGCAAGUGUGAGUCUUGUACAGUUGUCAUUUACUGUUGACAAAUAUAUCUAAAUAUAACUUAAAUCUAUCACACAUUGUCUGCAGUGGAGUUCUGCUGAACACUUGUGUGUGUGUAUCAAGUCACAGAGGUAGAAAGUUAUGAAAUAUAAAAAGAGACUUUAUGGAGAAAAUAUGAUUAAAAAAGAGAAGCUGUUAUCACAACAAUGUCCAAGUGAAUAAGAUGGAAUAAAGUGACAUUUGUUUUU